AUGGGAGGCUUUGACAAACUCACAGACUUGGCCCAGCAACUCGCCGGCAAAGACCAAGGCAAGAAGGAUCAACAACAGCAGCAGCGGGAUUCGUCAAUUCCUCAGACAACGACAACGACUACCACGAACGGCCAGGAAUGGGCGGAUGUCGGGUCAGCCGCCAAAAAGGCCUUUGCUGGAUUCCAGGCGGAUCAAGCUGGCGGCAAGGGACCUGAUUACACCGAGAUUGGGGAUGUUGCGCAGAGGGCUUUCAAGGCUUAUGACCACGGCGGUGGUGGUGAGGAGGGAAAGAAGGAUCUUGCUGAGAUUGGAAAGGGCCUCGCUGCUGGGUUUGGCGGCGGUGAUGGUGAGAAGAUGGAGGAGGGGAUGUUGGGAGGGACUGAUGGUAAGUUGGAGGCUGGGGAGGGGACUGGUGAGGUUGAAGGUGAAGGUGAAGGGCAAGGUGAAGGGAAGCAGACCAAAGUCCAACGUGAUGAUGGUCUGGCCGUUUCGAGGUCAAAUGCGAGGGAUACCACUGGCCUGGAGGGCGAGACGCUCCCUGAAGGGGAAUCCGACCCUUCUACUGAGAAGAAGGAAUUCGGCUCUCACACCAAGCGAGAGGCCGGUGACGGUACCGGAUUCGAGAAGGGGGGUUUGCGUGAAGAUGAGGAUGUCUUUAAUAGUAGUGAGGGCAAGACCGACAUCACUAGAAGCGGCGAGACGACGACCUCUGGGCAAGGACUCGGUCGUCGGGCACAGCAGCCUGUGGGCGGUACCGGUGACGAAGAAGAGACUCUUGGGAAUCAGCCGGUCAAGAGAUGGAUUGAGUGA